AUGCUGCCUUCGUGGGUCACGACGAAGGAUGGAGCGGAUGGCAGUUUUGACAAACGCGUUGCAGCGCCGUUCCCGAUGUUUGUGCGCGACACUGAGUUCAUACACCGCGUAGCCGAUGAGGAAAUGAAGUCGGUGGAUGACUUCAGCGGCGGUGGUGGCAUGGCACACACCUCCGUUGCAGCUGCAGCAUCAGCGGAAGGCGCUGCACGGGACACACCUUCCACGCCAAUGACGGAGAUGCCGUCGAUGAGUUCACAGCGGCCAGUGAGUGCUCGGCGCGGCAGUGGCGCCGCCAUCGUUUCCGUUCGACAGGUGAGCUCUGCUGCCGGCGACAGCGCUUGCGUGCCGUGCACAAGCGACAGGGGCGCGGCACUGGCCACGGCUUCGACGCUGCUCUCCCCGCCGAACGGUAAGAAGGCAGUGCAGCCAACGCCGUACCCGGUCACUUCAGCAUGUAGUGUGCAGGACUGGUCCUCGGUGCCGCGGCUCGGGUUCCCGACCCCGAGUGAUCCGGCUGUGGCGCACGCCGAAGUAGCUUCGCAGCCCACCCGAGACGAGGAGGAGCGCAAACGAGAGGAUAAGUGGUACCGUCUCUGCCGCGGUGUCUCGCUUCUGGCGAGCGCUUCACCGGAGGUAAUUGUGAAGCUGCGCGCCGUAGCGCGGGUGCGCGGAAUUCCGCACCACCUGCGCGGCGUCAUGUGGCUCACCUUGACCGGCACGGCGCUCAAAGUGGACGAGAACGAGUACUUCUGCGCCAAGCUACUACGGCGCAACGGGUAUGUGACGGGGCCGAAUGCGGUCGCCAUCGCCGCUGAUGUACAGCGAACCUUCCCCGGUCACCCUUACUUCUCCGACAAGGAUGUAGGAGUGUACAAACUAACCAACGUCCUGCACGCGUUGUGCUGGCGCAACCCGCUGCUAAGCUACUGCCAGUCCUUCAACUUCCUCGCUGCUUUCCUGCUUCUCGUGCUGGAUGACGAAGAGCGCACGUUUUGGUUGCUCGUACACAUCUGUGAGGAGCUCCUGCCCAACGACUUUUAUGGAGAAACGCUGCUGGGAGCCAAUGUUGAGCAGGCUGUGCUAGAGCAUCUUGUGGAGAAGAAGCUACCUCGCGUAGCCACGAAGUUCCGCGAGGCGGGUCUGCACGUGAAGACGCUCGUUGCGAACUGGAUCAUGUCCUUGUUUGUGAACGUGUUCCCGAUCGCGACGGCGCUGCACGUGUGGGACUAUCUCUUCUGCCGCACGCCAAACCCCGGCGAGCGCACCCCCGCCCACCUCGAAAUCACACUUGCCACUUUGAAGUAUCUCGACGACGCGGGCCUCCUCAUCAGCGACGAUGCUGGCGAACUUCUUGUCACCCUGCGCCGGCAAACGGCUUGUCUCUACGACGCUGCGGCGCUGGUUCGCCUAGCCCAGUCGAUGGCUAUCACACCAAAGCAGUUGCACCAGCUGCGUCGACAAUGCAAGCCAAUAGUAGUGGAGCAGAUGAAAGCACGAGAGCAAGCUUGUGCGGCGCAGCUGGAGCGCCGCGUCGCACAGGAGCUGCGCUGUGCACCCGAGAACGCGCUGGCCUCUGCCAAUGCUUCGUGA